AUGGUGCAGAUUGGAGGCAAAAAGGGGACUGGGAUAUUUGCCAAUGUCAAUAUAAUUCUUUAUGGAAAAGAUGACACUCAUACGAAUAAAUACAAAGAACAUUACCUGUUUACAAGUAUUGUGAAAGAUGGUCCAUGUCUGGUUUCAAAGUUUUCUAUCAAAUCUACAAUAGACAUCCCUGAAGUCCAGAAAAUCGAGCUGUGGAGAGACAACAAUGAUGGGUCGUUUGCCAACUGGUAUCUAGAUUGGAUUGAAGUUACUAAUAACAAAAACGGUCUCACAACCAUAUUUCCAGCAAUGAAAUGGAUCAAAGAAAACCAACGUUACUUUUUUAAAAAUGAAACAAGUUUACCACAAAACGACCCAAUGAAAGAAUUAAGAAGGUUAGAGCUGCAGGUCUUGCAGGAAUAUUAUCAGCUGGAGGUUAAGAUACCCGGGCUACCUGCUCAGAUUAAAGAAUUACCAGAGGAUGAGACAUUUUCUUCAGAUUAUUUUGUAAGUUUUAUUAUAGUAGAAGUUUAA